GUCUGUCCCGACUGCGACUGCGGAUUCAUCGAAGAAAUCGAACACCCGCCGCGCUCAGUCCACCUCGACCCUCGCCAUCGUCGCUUCCCUGCUGUCGCCAUGUACAUGAUCGGCCAGCGUCCUGCCUCCGACAACGCUGUCCGUCCCUUCCUGCGCCGCACCCGCAACAACGGUGGUGACCGCUCCCCCUUCAACCCCGUUAUCGUCCUCCGCGGCAGCGCAACUGCCACCUCCACUACUAGCGAGGAGGAAAGCCGAGGCUUUGAGCUUUUCUACGAUGAUGGUGCCGGUUCUGGCUUAAGACCCAUGCCUCCGAGCAUGUCAGAGUUUCUACUCGGAUUUGGAUUCGAUAGGCUUCUGGAGCAACUGUCUCAGAUUGAGAUCAACGGUAUUGGAAGGUAUGAGCACCCUCCUGCGUCAAAAGCAGCCAUAGAUUCCUUACCAACCAUCGAAAUUGAUAACACUCACUUAGCCAUGGAAUCACACUGUGCGGUGUGCAAAGAAGCUUUUGAAUUAGGUACCGCAGUGAGGGAAAUGUCGUGUAAGCAUAUAUAUCACCCUAAAUGCAUCUUACCAUGGCUAGCUUCGAAGGGUUUCCAUGGAGGCUUCAAUGUGUUUAGGUGGCGGCAUGGUUGUUAUUGCGGCAUGGUGGCCAUGGAGGCUCGGGGUUUGGGUUUGGUGGAGGUGACGGAGGUGUGCUGCGGCGAUGCGUUAUUGGGGUGGUGCAGAGAUAAACUUUCAAGUUCAUGGCUCAAAACAAAAGGCAAAGAAGCGAGUCUAGUUUGGGCCCCGGUUUCCAUGGAGGCUUCAAUGUGUUUAGGUGGCGGCAUGGUUGUUAUUGCGGCAUGGUGGCCAUGGAGGCUCGGGGUUGACAGCGAGGUCGAUGGUUUGGGUUUGGUGGAGGUGACGGAGGUGUGCUGCGGCGAUGCGUUAUUGGGGUGGUGCAGAGAUAAACUUUCAAGUUCAUGGCUCAAAACAAAAGCAAAUUUCUCCGGUAGGGAAACCCUAACUGAGGUUAGUAAAAAUGGCGGUACCCUUGAUCUCAAAAAAGAUCGUGAAGAAGCGAGUGAAGAAGUUCAAGCGCCCCAAAGCGAUCGCAAGAUCUGA